AUCAAAUAUGCUUCCUCCAAUAUCUAUUUCCAUCUUUCAAACACACCCUGGCCUUGAACAAGAGAAACAAUAGACACAACAAGAGGGUGAGAAAGCAAUGGCCUCUACUAGUGCAAUUUCCAUGGCUAUGCCAAUAACUUCUGCAAGCCACAAAAAGAUUCCAAGCUCUGAAACCUUCUUCAAGCCAUUGCCGGUAAGGCCCUCAAAGGCAUUGGUGGCAUCGAAAGCUGCCGUCAGUCUGAAAGUUAAUGCUUCCUUCAAGGAGAAAGCAAUCACGGGAUUGACUGCCGCUGCACUGACUGCCUCAAUGGUGGUUCCAGAUGUAGCAGAGGCUGCCUCAGGGGUGUCACCGUCGCUCAAGAACUUCCUGCUCAGCAUUUCUGCUGGUGGAGUUGUUCUGGUUGCAAUUAUCGGUGUUGUAGUGGGUGUUUCCAAUUUCGAUCCUGUCAAGCGGGGCUGAGCUGCACCUCAUUCUUACGCAUUCUUUUCUAGUUCCUGUAUUUCUUGAUGUUGAACUAAUGAAUUACGUUACAUAUGUGUAAUUGAGAAAAUUUCUUACUUGUA